AAGCCGAGGACUGGCAUCUAGAAGCUCUUGGUCCAGGAAUCUCAACAAAAAGGACAAGAGAUUAACGAGAACAACUCUUACCUCGUGGGUGACGCUGCUGGGAGAGCUAGUGAUCAUACGGAUGCGGACCUCCAUUACAGCAUGAACAUUGGUGUUAGAUUCCAUACUCCCGAGGAUUUUUUUCUGAACAUCACUGGCGAAAUUACUGGCCAUAAGUUUGAUCCUGCUUGGUUCCUUGAGAACCAAAGCGAUUGGGCAGACCUGGAUCUUCGAGAACAGUAUCGAAACAAGGAGAUGAUUGUCCUCGUGGGCGCGCCAGGAACGGGAAAGUCGUAUUUCUACAAAAAGGUUCCUCAACCAUUGGGCUAUCACCAGAUAUCCUUACACAAGCUCGGCUCUCAGGAGAAGUGCGCAGAAGAGGCUGAGAAGAGCCUUGCAGAGGAAACACGAGUAGCCAUUGAUAACAUCAAUUCCACCGCCUAUAGUCGACAGGCAUGGCUAUCUAUCGCACGCAAGUAUAAUAUCAGAGCCACGGCCAUGUACUUUGAUCUGCCAUUUGAUUUGUGUCUUCACAAUGACACCGUUCGGGCGCUUGGAGGUGAUAUAGGUGGUAGCCCGCUCAACCAAAUGGCUAAAGACUUUCUGCCGAAAUAUCAAUUCAUCACUUAGACUAAAACCUCUCCAGAUGAAUCCCGAAUGCCAACGGAUUUUCCCAAGAAUUCCCUUCCUGAAACUCACGAGUGAGUUUGAAAAACCUCAGAUGAGUGAAGGGUUUGCCCAAGUCAUAAGCCUUGGUUUUCAGGUACUAGAGAUUCCUUUU